AUGGCCGGUAAUGCGAUAGUACUGUCGGACGACGACCCUACCUUGUCCUUCGACGAAGAUGUCCGCCCUCAAAGCAGCGCUAGCGUCACUACUACCUCGUUGGGCAAACGCAAGUUGAGCGUCAGUUUCGAGGAAAAGGUCGAGUGGUCAGACGAUUCCGACGAUGGCGAGAAGCUCAAGGCACGGCGCGUUGCCAAGCGACGUGCUACUUCUGGGAGAGGUAGAGGCAGAGGAGGGAAGGGGAAGGGCAGGGGAGGAAAGAAGGCUGCUGCGACAGAUAGGGCGAGAGACGACGAGAUCAUCGAGUUGAACCAGCCCACCGUCAAGAACGAGGAAGAAACCGACUACGCCGAAGCCUUCAUCCCUGAUUAUCUUAUGGAGCGUCGCAAGAAGUUCAACAAGGACAGAGAGCUUUUGCGCAAUGCCGGCUUGAAGCUACCACCAGACUACCACGACAUCUACUUUUCCGACGACGAGAUAGGGACUAGGCCCGAACAACGUCCAAAGUUUGAGGAAAACUCCGGUAUCAAGCCGUGUCGACCCUACAAGGACGUCGAGCUCGAGUACUCGGCCGGUACCAUCCCCGCAUGUAUCGCACAAUAUCUCCGCGACUACCAAGUGGAGGGCGUCAAGUUUUUGCACCAAAAGUUCGUCUACCAACGAGGCUGUAUUCUCGGCGAUGAUAUGGGUCUAGGAAAGACUGUUCAAGUGGCUGCCUUUCUUACGGCAGCAUUUGGCAAGACCGGGGAUGAGCGUGAUGCAAAGAGGAUGAGAAAGAUGCGACGAGCUGGCGAUCUCUGGUAUCCGAGGGUCAUCAUUGUCUGUCCUGGAUCCCUUAUCCAGAACUGGAAGAACGAACUCACCCGAUGGGGGUGGUGGCAUGUCGAUGUCUAUCAUGGAUCGAACCGGGAAGAUGUGCUGCAGGCAGCCAAAGCAGGACGUAUUGAGGUCAUGAUCACUACCUACGACACGUACAGGAACUGCCACGAAGCAGUCAACACCGUCGAGUGGGAUUGUGUUGUGGCUGACGAAUGCCACAUCUUGAAGAAUACAGUGUCCGAAACGACUCGCGCAAUGGAUAAAAUCAACGCCAUGUGCCGCAUUGGGUUAACCGGUACCGCGAUCCAGAACAGAUAUGAGGAGCUUUGGACACUCCUGAACUGGACGAACCCGGGCUAUUUCGGGACAAGAGCCGAAUGGAAUGAGUCUAUAACAAAGCCUCUGACCGCAGGCCAAUCCCAUGAUGCAACGCUCAAGCAGCUCAGCAUUGCCCGUACGACCGCAAAGAAGCUGGUGCAGAACCUCCUUCCAGAGUUCUUCCUCCGGCGCAUGAAGAGCCUGAUCGCCCAUCAACUUCCCAAGAAGAGCGACAAGGUUGUGUUCUGCCCCUUGACAAACGUCCAACGCGACGCCUACGAGAAUUUCCUGGAAGGAGAACGAGUUACUUUUAUCCUCAAUGCCUACCAUCCAUGCGAUUGUCGCUCUGGGCGAGCUGGAGGGUUUUGCUGCUACAAGACCCUGAGUGACGGUCGUUCGUGGAAGUCCUACGUCUUUCCAUCUAUCAUCACCCUCCAGAAGAUCGCAAAUCAUUUAACGUUGCUCAUCCCUUCCUCUUCCGAUCCCAAGGAAAAGCAGCGUUCAGAGCUUAACGUGCUCCAGACCUGCGCUCCAGACACGUGGAAAGAGCUCUACAAUAACCGGGAGUCCAUGCUCAGCCUCGCAAAUCCCGAGUUCUGCGGAAAAUGGAAGAUCUUGAGAAAGCUCCUGCGCUUCUGGCACGAGAGCGGAGACAAGGUGCUUGUUUUCUCCCACAGCGUACGACUGCUGCGCAUCCUGCAGCAUCUCUUCCAUAACACCAGCUACAACGUCAGUUUUCUCGACGGUGCGCUCAGCUACGAAGAGCGACAACGGGUCGUCGACGAGUUCAAUACGGAUCCCCGACAGUUUGUUUUCCUCAUCUCCACCAAGGCGGGAGGCGUCGGCUUAAACAUCACGUCGGCGAACAAAGUCGUAAUCUUUGACCCGCACUGGAAUCCAUCUUACGAUUUGCAGGCCCAGGAUCGUGCAUACCGAAUCGGCCAGAUCCGAGACGUGGAUGUCUUCCGGUUGGUCUCUGCCGGUACCAUCGAAGAGAUCGUCUACGCUCGGCAGAUCUAUAAACAGCAGCAGGCCAACAUUGGUUACAACGCCUCCAACGAACGCCGCUACUUCAAGGGUGUCCAGAGGGACAAGAACAAGAAGGGCGAGCUCUUUGGGCUAGAGAAUUUGUUCACUUUUCACGCCGACCAAGUCGUGCUCAGGGAUAUCGUCAACAAGACCAACAUCGCCGAGGCCAAGGCCGGUGUCAACCUCACCGAUAUCGACCUGGAAAAGGCUGUCAAGGACGAAGACGAAGAAUUAGACUUUAUCAAAAAGGAGAGCGAGGAAAAUGACGACGACACAGGCAUGAGCUCGCUUGCAAAGCUUGUCACCGCAGAGGAGCCGGACAAACUGCUUGAAGCUGGCAAGUCCAAAAAGCCAAAAAGCGAUGCCAUUGCCGCCAUCCUCGCCUCCGCCGGCGUCGAGUACACGCAUGAAAAUUCCGAGGUCAUUGGUACAAGCAAAGUCGAGGCGCAACUAUCACGGCGCGCCGAACUGGCAGCAAACGUUGCGGACAGUCAGCUCUUCCCAGGCGUUAACAACGCAUUGUUCGCAGACAGCCUAGAUAACAGCGAUGAUGAUGAUGACGACGAGGAGGACGAAGAAGACCUAAACGGGCCGGCGCCGAAGAAGAUGCUUAGGAUGCAUUACAAAUUCAACCCGCCCGAGAAUGUCAGGAGACGACAGUUUUGUUCGAUGGCGAGGGAGUUUGGCUUUCAGAGCGCGACCGACUUUGCGCUGGUUGUGGAAAGCUGGACGCAAGAGCAGCGGCGAAAUUGCUUGGAUACCUUUUACAGGAGGCGAGAGGUCAAAUUACUGGAGCAGGAAUUGGCGAAAAUGGAGGCAAAGAAAGAGACGGAGGAUGAUGAGAAUGAUGAGUCAACCAUGGGAAAGACCGAUGAUGAUGAUGAGACUGUUGAUCUCGAAAAAGCGGUCGCGAUUGGGGAGAUACUAGGUGAGUCGAGGUCAAAUGCCGGAGUUGAAGUGACGAGAGGCGAGAUCGCCGAGAAAAGAGCGGUCGCCGGCGCAGCGGAGAGAGGCGAGGAGGAGGACCCACUCCGCGGGUCCGGAGCUCUCGGAUACGGGGUUCGGACGAACCCUCGCGCUGGUGCUUCAGCUUCACCGGUGCCGAAGGCUGAGGCUGAGGAACGGCGAACUGAUGACACCGCCACAACCGUUUCUGAAGCGUUUGUUCCCGAGAGCAAACCGGUUGACCCGGGUGCAUCGGCGGCCGUCAAGACGGAGGAGGAGUCACGGACGGUUACCAUCGGCGCCGGAACGUCGUUCGACAACACGACGGCGGCGGCGGCGGCGGGGCAGAAAAAGGUCACCACAAUUUUCCUGUAUGAUGACGAGGAUGAGGACGAUGAGCUCUGA